CUAUUUCCGUUGAACAAGCAUGUUAUUUGUGUAUUGAUAUGAUCAUGAUGAUGUGAUGGUUAAAAGCAAUCAAUGUAUCCAGAAAAGAUAAAAAGUUGGGCUUUCGGAAUGUUAUGCCUACUGUGCUCGCAGUGUUCCUGUUUUGAAUUGGUGUGUCCUAAUGUUUCUCAGAUGAAAUUAAGAGCGGAGAUCUGUAAAGACUCAUCAAAGUAUAUGUGUUUCUGUGAUAUGAAUAAACAAACAUUUAAAGAAUAUUGCAACGAAACAGAUGAAAUUCAACAAGAAGGUUUCAAGACUGUUUUUAGAGGAAGUUUUGAUGGUGUACCUUGUGACGAGAACCAUUAUCAGCCGUUCAAAUACAGUUCUUCCAAUGGAGACACGUGUGUUUUUCUCAAAUCUGCUUGCAAUGAAGAGGGUCAAAUUGAAAGCACUGAUAGGCAAACAACAACGGAUAGAACUUGUCGCUGUGAUUACAGAUAUGGCUUUAGUUUCGUAUCAAAUCCGAAUAAAUUUUGUUUCUGUGUGCCUUCUGAAGAAGAUUGUUCUUGUUAUUAUAAGGAGUGCGGUAAAGAUCAAGUACUCACACCAGACUAUGUUUGCAUGAAUCAGGCUAAUAUAACAGGAAAGUUUAGGUGUCCAUUGAUAGACGAAUCUAAUUUAGAGACGUUAACUAAAAUCAACGAGGAGAAAGUCGCCAAAACGUAUGAAGAAGAUUCCUGUCAUCAACAGAUAGAACUGGAUGUAAUUAAAACAAGCGUAUUGAUGGUUGUUAUUGGAACUCCAAUAGGAUUGAUCUAUCUGGUUAUACUCAGUUGUCUUGUGCGACACCUCAGUCGUACUUGUAGUUCAAAAUGUAAGUUAUAAGUUACUUAUACAUUAAUGUAUAAGUAAUUUAUAAUUGAUAAGUUAUAAGUUACUUAUAACUGUUACAUUAAUAGAGUUGACAUACAAUAUAUACAUAUACACUAUCAAUGGUUAAAAACUACUUAUUUACCUCUUGGUACAAUUUUUUUAUAAUUAGGAUCCUGUUGCAUUAUGACAAAUACUGCAUUCCUUUUUUUUUAUUCUUACUGAAAAUAUUUGUUUUGACCUAAACUCAAAAAAGCACUUAAUCACUUUUAUUUACAAUUGACUUAAUUAUAUACGUUUAACGUCUUUACCCUCUAUUUUCUCCUUUUGAUUUCCUGCAUUUGUCAUUUCGUACAGCGAACACGUAACCCUUACUACCAGGUUAGCAAUAUUUUGACACGUAUAUAUACAAAUCACUGGAUAAAUAUGUAAGAGAGUCAAUGUUUGGUAAUGACCAUUAAGUAUAACACAUAUUUUUGUAAACAUUAAGCUAAAAUCAUUGUAUUUAUCUUUAUGUAACCUCGCCCCAAGGGAGGCGAUAUACUACUUAACUUCUGUCAAUUCGUCCGCAUGCCCGUUUGCCAUUGACAUUUGUUGAAAGAUUCCUACAAUUUGGUAUCGAGCUUUAUAGAGCAUUUAUUACCGCGGGAUGCAUUUCCAUUUAUCGUUUUUAACCUCUUUAUUCUCAAAAAAGCGGCAGAGUAUGUAUCACUCAUGAGCAAUAGAUCACAGUACAAUAUGUUUAACUUGUAGAAAGAUAUAAUUUAGUGUGUAUGUUAGGGGUAACGGCAUUUGAUGUAUUGAAAUGUUCUGUCUUAUUCAGAAUAGUUGUAUUGAAUUUAUAAACAAGGUAAUUUGUGAUCUCAUGUAAACUCUUGCCAAUAAAAUUGUUAAAUUGUCUUGGUAUCGUAACUGAUAUAUUUUUUUGGUUAUUUAGUGUCACAUUAUUGCAGAAUCUCAUAGGCUAUAUAUUACCAUGUUUAUAAAUUAUUGAACUUGUAUCUGUCCGAUUUUCAUAUGAAAUACUAUUAUGAUAGCCUUAUUAGUCUAUUGUUAUGACAUAAAGUUCAAUAAUUGUCAAAAUGAAAUAUUGAUUGAUUCAUGUUCAUUAUAUUUAUGUUGUGGUCUUUACUGUACUCUCAUGCUCUACCCAGUUGCAGUAAUUCACAUUUUCCCUCUCAGGUUAUUUGGCUGAUAUUCAAUGAGUUAACAUUUUUUGAUUGAUUUAUAUUAUAAAAACUUAUAAUGCCUAUCCUCAUUUUGUGUAGGGUCCACAUUAAAAAUAAAUGUUUUAUGUGUGUUUUUGUUUAUACAAAUAUAUGGUUUUGUACUUUACUAAUUCAAGUAUUUAUCAUGAGAGGGCAUUUAGGGAAACCUAAAGCAUGAAUGUGAAUUAUACAUGCACGUUGUUUUAAUAUUGUCUUUCAUUUUUUAUACCAAUAAAAAAAUAUCAGAUUAUAAAUUGGAUCUGUUUAUUUUGUAAAUAUUCAAGUUAAGAUAUUAUGAUCAACAGAAAAUUAUAGUCAAAUUAUACAAAUUUCCAUAAUCCUUCCUACCUAAACAUGUUAAAUGAUCAAAAAAACAUGUUUCAUUAUUAUAAUUUACCCGAGUUAGAUACAUAUCUCUUAUGCGAUUGAUUGAACAAAUGUAAUAUAUAUUUUUUUAUUAAA